CCUUUAAUUAACUAGGCAAGUCAGGGUGUGGGAGUUUCCUCUGGAAUUUACACAUUUACGACAUGACAGACAGUUAUGGAGAAGAGAACAGCGCCCCCGUCGAGCAGCAUCAUACAGUACGGUACCGUGACAGACCGACUGCAGUCAGUCCAGCGACUAGGACAGCAGCGUGUCGUUCUUCAACUUCCAUUGACGCCAGAAAAACAUAUUUUUGUGUGUGUGUGGUUGUGUGCUUUGACAGACGUGAUGAGCGGCAGGGUUGGCGACCUCAGCCCGAAGCAGUCUGUUGCAUUGGAAGAGUUUCGAGAGAGGAUUCAGGAUGUUCUUCCGCUACUUCCUGCUCAUCAUGACCACUUCCUGUUGCGCUGGCUCAGAGCCAGGAACUUCAAUGUCACCAAAUCAGAGGCCAUGCUGAGAAAGCACCUUGACUUCAGGAGGCACAUGAACGCAGACACAAUCACCACAGAAUGGCAGCCUCCAGAGGUGAUAGAGAAGUACCUGUCAGGUGGGAUGUGUGGGUACGACCGUGAGGGAAGCCCCAUCUGGUGGGAUGUCAUCGGCCCCGUGGACCCCAAGGGCCUCUUCCUAUCAGCGUCUAAACAGGACUUCAUCAAGUCUAAGAUCAGAGACUGUGAGAUUCUGCAGAAGGAGUGUGAGCUGCAGUCUGAGAGGUUGGGGAGACAUGUUGAAGCCAUCACUAUGAUCUAUGACUGUGAUGGUCUGGGUCUCAAACAUUUAUGGAAGCCUGCCAUCGAGACUUACGGAGAGAUCCUGACCAUGUUUGAAGACAAUUACCCAGAGGGCCUCAAGAGACUGUUUGUCAUCAAAGCCCCUAAGCUCUUCCCUGUGGCUUACAACCUCAUCAAGCACUUCCUGAGUGAGAUCACCCGCAACAAGAUCAUCAUCCUGGGGGCCAACUGGCAGGAGGUGUUGUUGAACUACAUAGACCCGGAGCAGCUUCCUGCCGCGUACGGAGGGAAACUCACCGACCCUGACGGGGACCCUCGCUGUAGGAACAAGAUCCACUAUGCAGGGCCGGUACCUGCUUCCUACUUCGUGAGGGAGUCAGUGAAGGUGGAUUAUGAACAGUGUCUGACAGUCAGCCGAGGCUCCUCACAGCAACUGGAGUAUGAGAUACUCUUCCCUGGCUGUGUGCUCCGGUGGCAGUUUUCCAGUGAUGGGGCAGACAUCGGCUUUGGGGUGUUUAUGAAGGGUAAGAUGGGGCAGAGGCAGAACGCAUCGCAGAUGCAGGAGGUGGUUCCCAGCCAGAGAUACAAUACCCACCUGGUGCCUGAGGACGGCUCUCUCACCUGCAGCGAGCCUGGAAUCUAUGUGCUGCGGUUUGACAACACCUACAGUAUCUUCCAGUCCAAACACAUUAGCUUUACUGUCGAGGUCCUGCUCCCCGGCCAAUCGCAGUCUCUGAAGAAUAUGAUUGGGAUGGAAUCUGGGCCCAGCAACCAAUCACAGUCCCUGAAGAACAGGAGUCUGUCAGAAUCUGGGGCUAGCAGCCAAUCACAGUCUCUGAAAAAUAGGGGUGGGUCAGAAAGGGGGGCUAGCAGCCAAUCGCAGUCUCUGAAAAACAGGGGUGGGUCAGAAAGGGGGGCUAGCAGCCAAUCGCAGUCUCUGAAGAACAGGGGUGGGCUGGAAUCUGGGGCCAGCAGCCAAUCGUGACAGACGUUACUGAGUUGCUAAUCUCUCGUGGACAGAUUCUCGUGGACAGAUGAAACGGGUGAGAAUCUGUCAAAGCUCACGUAGAAUUAUAUGAUUACAAGCAGCAGUAGCUCCUCGUUUUGGGUUUACGUCAUUGAUUAUUUGGACAAAUCAGGAUUGGGUGAAGGCGGUGCUUAAACUGUUGCAGUGAUUUUCAAGCCUGUGUGCAGAUGAUAAAUUGUUUCCACUAGAUUCCACAGCCACAAAGUCAAAAUCUUUUCUUUUUUUUGCCAUGAUAAACACUGGUGAAAUUAGGUUUGGCUGAGAGUUUCCGUUUGGGAAGGAGGAGACUUCGCUUCCUUUGCACAAAGUUAAUCAGAAUUGUUAACGGCAGUCCCCCCCAGAAGUAAAACAGGAAAUGAGAUCAUUUUACUUCUAGGUAACCGAGAUUACUGAGUUGCUAGCCUGUCGUAGAUUAUAGUGCGUCCCAAAUGCCACCCUAUUCCAUAUAAAGUGCACUUUGGGACACAAGCCCGAGUCUUAUCCCCAACCAUGGUCAGUGAAAACUUGAAAGCACUGAAACAGACCCCACUGGUCCGCACUGAGGGAUUUCAUCUGACCAUGGACCGCUCCAUAUGCUGCUCACAAACAAAAGUAUGUAGCUCUGAUCCAGAGGGUUACAUGUGGCUUGCUGAUGCUGAGACUUCAACAUCAGCAAGCUGCACGUAACGCCCUGGAACAGAGCUAGGACGUACGAUGAAGAGAAACCAAGAGUUCCACAACUCAGGGUCCCUGGAAUGGAGAUGUAUUCAAACAAAAACGUCAAUAACAACUGGCUUACUUGAACAAUAAUACAGUAUGUUUAUGGAAGAGAUAUUUUAUCUCAUAGACCGUACUACUACUAUAGAUGAACGUCAUUGAAGGUUAUUGUUCAGGGCGUAUUAUUUUGCAGUGCUGAACAGGGUACAUAGCCACAGAGCAGGGCGUAUUAUUUUGCAGUGCUGAACAGGGUACAUAGCCACAGAGCAGGGCGUAUUAUUUUGCAGUGCUGAACAGGGUACAUAGCCACAGAGCAGGGCGUAUUAUUUUGCAGUGCUGAACAACCUUAUCAAAAUUCAAGGAAUAAGGAAAGACUUCAGAGAUUCAUCCUCUCUCUCUCUCUCUCUCUGUUUCUCUCUCGCUCUCUCAAUUUGCUUUAUUGGCAUGACGUAACAAUGUACAUAUUGCCAAAGUGUACUUUAAGUGAUACAUUUACCAUUUUAACAUAAUUCAAAUAAUAAUACUCAAGAUUAUUAACGGGAUAAUCAAUAACAACAAUAAUCAAGGGUAUAAAUAACCAUACAUUAAACAAUAACAUAGAGGACAUUGCAGGUUGGUUGGUCUGUCAGACACUGCCCCUCAUUUUAUGGCAGGCAGCGGUUUUGGGCUUCUGAGUGGCGCAGCGGUCUAAGGCACUGCAAUUCAGUGCUAGAGGCGUCACUACAGAGCCUGGUUCAAUUCCAGGCAGUAUCACAACUGGCUGUGAUUGGGAGUCUCAAAGGGCGGCGCACAAUUGGCCCAGCGUCGUCCGGGUUUGUCCGGGGUAGACCGUCAUUGUAAAUAAGAAUUUGUUCUUAACUGACUUGUCUAGUUAAAUAAAGGUAAAAUACAAAUGUAGUGCGCUGCCAACCCACAGCUCUCUGCGUCCUCCCCCAACAGGACAGGUAGCCUAUUGCUCUUUUUGGAGUUUUAUUGUUAGUGGAUAUUGUCCUAAUUCUGCCCUGCAUGCAUUGUUUGUAGUUUUUCUCUGACAAUGUAGGAUAAUCUUACAGAACUCUGCAUGCAGGGUUUCAAUUAGGUGUUGGUCCCAUUGGGUAAAAUCUUUGCAAGUGGACCCCACACCUCGCUGCCAUAAAUUGCAAUUGGUUCAAUGACACAUUCAAUUCGUUUUAGCUAAUUGGUAUUUCAAUUUGAAUUGGGUUUUUUUAAUGGCGUAGAAUGCCCUGCGUGCUUUCUCUCUCAGUUCAUUCACUGCCCCGCUUAGGUGUCCAGUUGAGCUUAUUUUUAAACCUAAGUAAUUGUAACCUAAACCUAAGUAAUCUCUCUUUCUCUCUCUCUCCUCCUCCUCCUCUCCUCCUCCUCAGGCCACUUUGAGUGUGUAUUUUCUUUUUGUCAUCAAACAGUUCUGUUGAAUAUUUGAAAUCCAUACGUUGACAUACCAGUAGUUUUAUUUUCAGGGAAAACAAAUCUAUAUUUAGUAUUAUUAAAGCAAGACCUGUGAGAAAGCUAAUAUCCACUGUACAUAGUAUUGUAUGGUUAAGCAUCAAUGCAGUACAGCAGGGGUUCUUGUUCACGUGUAUUACUGUUUACAGAGAUAACCCAAGCUAUAUUAAAUAUACCAUCCACUUGACCUUUUUUUAUUUGAGGGAAAAUGUUGAUUUGAAGCUCAUUUCCUGUAAUUCAACGUAGUUUAACAAGACUCAUGACAUCUUUCAGAUAGGCUAUUUACAUAUGAAUAAUAGAUAAGGAAGAUAAAGUCUAGACCCGAGUUCCCCAAAUGUUACCAAAUGUGUUUUAUGAUCAUUUAUAUGAACCCUCAAUUGAAUUAUACAUAUUCUCUUUUACAGAAAGUGAAUAGAUCAAUGGAUCAAUUUGAUAGCAAUAGAGUCACACAUUGUGUAAGAUUACUUGUAUAAGAUCCAAUUUCUUUGACUCCUCGGCAUUAGAAUGUCAUAGCUUAGCUUCUAAAUGUUAUAGAGACAAACCAAAGAUAUUAAUUCCCAUGUGCAUCAGAGUCAUGUCUUCCUCUGGCAUUUUACCGCUUGUUGCUAGCUUAAAGCAUUUUUUUUUUUUUUACCACUCAAAUCAAGGAAGGUCCUGUGCCACCUUCCCACGAAACGUUGGCGCCUAUAGGGGGCAUGCCCCCUAGGUUGGGAACCCCUGCACUAGAAUGACAUUCCAUGUUGUUGAGUAAUUUGAAGCGGCUUGUUGCUGUAUAUGGGCGAUUCUGCAACUACAGGCCUUUUGGGGUCCCAGGGGUAUCUUGUUAAUUUACAUAUGUUAAAUUGACACUCAAAUAACCGUAAACUUUUGUUUUCAUUAUUAUAAUUUUUUUCUGGGGGUCACUGUUUCGCAUUUAGUUUAAUUUUAGCAUAAUUUAUUUGCACCAAAGAAAACAAGUGAUAAACAACAAUACGGAUAAUAAUAAAACAGUGUACAGGUGUGGUUGUAAGCCCAAGGGCUGAUUAUAAAAAUCACCAUAAAAAAACUAUAUACAAUAUAUAAGUACCAAAAUAAAAAAGGUUUGUUAAAACAGA